UUUAUGGGUACAAAACCCCCUACCCCGAUCUGCCCCUCGGCUUUUGUUGCGAGUGCCUGCUUCAUUUCUCGCUUCUGCUCCUCUGCCUCCACGAUCAGCGAUCAUGUCGGACGAAGAGCAUCAUUUCGAGUCGAAGGCCGAUGCCGGAGCGUCCAAGACCUACCCGCAGCAGGCUGGAACGAUCCGCAAGAACGGGUACAUCGUCAUCAAGAACAGGCCCUGCAAGGUUGUUGAAGUGUCAACCUCCAAGACUGGGAAGCAUGGUCAUGCAAAAUGUCACUUUGUUGCCAUAGAUAUCUUCAAUGCAAAAAAGCUUGAGGAUAUUGUGCCAUCUUCUCACAACUGUGAUGUUCCACAUGUCACUCGAACUGAUUAUCAACUGAUUGACAUUUCUGAAGAUGGAUUUGUGAGCCUUCUGACUGAAAAUGGUAACACCAAAGAUGAUUUGAGACUCCCGACUGAUGAAACUUUGUUAGCUCAGAUCAAAGAUGGGUUUGCAGAGGGCAAAGAUCUGGUUGUUACUGUGAUGUCUGCGAUGGGUGAGGAACAGAUUUGUGCUCUGAAGGAUAUUGGCCCCAAGUAGUUAUUGUCUGUUGGGAUCCAAUUUAAGAGGUAUAUUGAAAAUUUAUGAGACUUGAAGGAAUAUUGGAUCUUUAUUCUAAGAGAUGGUGGUGGAAUGCAUUAUAUUAAAACUCCUGUUGUGGUGUUUCUACUGGUACUUCUAUAUUGUUUUAGUUGUCUUCUUUUGGCAAAGUUAUCUGAGGCAAGUUCUUGUAUAAACAAUGUGUUUUAUCUUAUUUAUAAAAGAAUAUCUUUAUCAAUGUA